AUGAGCGUGGAUAUUAUAAUCCGAAUUGGGACAGUUUUUAUUUUCCUAGAUUUUUUUUUAUCAAGUGUUUUGAAGGAAUAUUUUUUAAAUUUAAGUGAAGAUGAUCAGGAUAAUGGGGAAUAUGAUACACUAGUAGAAUAUUUAAAUAAAAUAUUAGAGUAUUUAAUAAAACUAUAUAAAGGAAACAAAAGUGAAAUAAUAGAUAGUAACAGUUAUUUAAAUUCAAUUAAAAGCAUUUUAAAUUUUAUUGUUUUUUUAAAAACUUCAAAGAGAAUCGAUAAUAUUAAAAAAAACAUUAUAGAAUUAUUAUCAACAAUAGUCAGAGAAUCUGAUGAAAUCUCAGAUAUUUAUAUUCUCAAUAUUUUUAUGGAUUUCAAAAGAAUAUUGGGAAAUGAUUUAAACACUUUUUUCGAAGAACACUAUUUAAUAUUAAAAGAGCAAAAAAUGAAAACAUCUUCAACAGAAUCGCCAAUAAUAAUAAUUUAUUUAGGUUUUUUUAAAAAUAAAGGUCCAUAUUACUUUUUAAGAGAUUUAUAUUAUAAUUUUAUAGAAGAAUUUUUAGAAAUAUUUCUUUCAAAAGAUGACUUUAAAAAUAUCCACUUUAUAAUAGAAAUAGUAUCACCACUACCAUCAAAAGAAAUAGCACAAAAAUAUUUUUUAUUAUUGUUAGAUUUAGUUAACAAAAAAGAAAAAAUAUUAAAUAUAGAUUAUUUCAAAUGUUUAAAUAUAUUUUUGGAUAAUAAUAAACUUCAGCUAGAUAAAUCAAUAUUAAAUGAUCAUCAAUUUCAAUUAAAUAUCUUAAAGAGAAUGGACUAUUUUUUAGAAGAAAAAAAUGAUGAACUUUGUGAAAUUAUUUCUAAAAAAUUAGGAGAAUAUAUGCCAGUUUUACAUUACAAAUAUAUCAGCCUUGUAAUCAUAGAUAAACCACCCAUAAACUCUUCUAGUAAAAACUAUGAUUUAUUUUUACACCCAAUUGUAAAUAUAUUAGAAAAUGACUAUGACUAUUUCAACGAAUUUUUAACCCACAAACAGUGCCACAGUUUUAUUUCAAAUUUAAAAAAAGUUUUAUUUUUGAGUUCCUGUUCUGUAAAAUUAAUAAAUUUAUUUUUUGCAUCCCAACUGUGCAAAAACAAAAGUAUAUUAAGUACCGAAAAAAAAUCAUUAGCAACAACAUAUAUAGAAAGUUUUCAAAAAGAUUUUGAAAGACACUUCAAUUCACUCAUCCUAAUAAACAAACCAAUGAAUAGAGAAUUUAUAGUGGGUUUUUUAACAUUAACAUUUUUAAUAUACAAUUUAAUAAAAAUAAUACCAGAAAAUAAUCUCAGCUUACCAUAUGUUAAAGAAAUCACCCAAAUACUUUCACCAUUUCAAAAAGACCCACACUUUCUUUCCAAGGUUAAUUUAGAGAACGUAGCUUAUAUAAUAUCAUCUAUCGAUAAGAAUGUGCAAUUAAGAAACAAGUUCAAACACCAUCUAAUAGAAAUGAUUUUAAACCAUCAGUUUAAAAGAAAUGAAUUUUAUUAUGAAUACUUUAAAAUUCUAUUGAAAUACUUUACAAAGGAUGAUAUUUUUUAUUUAAGUAUAGAUAAAAUAAUAUGCACAUUAAUAUGCUUUUAUAAAGAAAAAAAUCAUUCCUUAAAUUUUAGAAAAUAUAUUAAGGAAAUGAUCAAAAGCUAUGGUUCUAAUGUAUUGUUUAAUUCAAGGUUUUCAACAUUAUAUAACUUCCUAUCUCUAUCUGAAAAAGAAUUUAUAAACCCAAAUAAUAUAUUACAAUUAAAUAAUAAUAAUAAUGAAAUUAAAACACCAACACUCUCAAAUAUAUUAAUUUUAGAAAUUUUUAAAAAAAUUAUAGAAUGUGUGGAUGUAGACACCUCAUCAAAGCUAUCAGUAUUUUAUACAAAUUGGUAUUAUUUCGAUAAACUUUCGUGGGUCUUUUCAAAGCUUCAAUAUUCAAAUAUAAAUUUCAAUUUAUUUAAAAACAAUGGAUUUGUUAUUGAGAAACAAAAAUUCAAUUUAGUUAAAGACAGCUGCCCCUUAUUUUUAAACUCAAAUUAUUUUAAAAAUUUAGAAACUUUACCCAUAAGAUGGUUUUCAAUGCAUUUUAGUGAAACAGAGAAUAUAACAUUAAAAGAUAAGGAUGAUUUAAACUAUUUAGAAAACUAUAAAAAUAUUAAAACUCUAACAUUUGAAACAUUAAAAUCAAUUAACUCACCUAAAAUAAUUAAAACUGUAUCAUCCUUUUGCAACACAAUCAAAAAAAUAACAUUUAAUAACCUCAAUUUUAAUAAUAGUAUAGAAUUUGACUUUGACAAUUUUUAUAAUCAAAUUAUCAAAUACAUUUUAAUCAUUAACCCCAAUAUUAAAAUAGAAUUAAAUAUUAUAAUAAGUGACAAUUUCAAUGUAAAUGAAAAUAGAAUAGGAAUAUAUCUACCAUUUAUUAAUAGUAUAAAAUAUUAUAAAAAUAUUGAAAAUAUGCAAACCAAUAACAACAAUACCAAUACAAUUAAUAUUAUAAACAACUAUAUACCAAUAGUAGAAAAUUAUAAUAACUUUAAUAUAUAUCUUUACAACAACCACAAUAUUAAUUUACAAAAUAACCUUAUUAAAUAUAAUUCUAUAAAAAAACUACUACUUUCAAGUAAAAUACUGUAUGUUUAUUACCUUGAUACAUCAAAUGAAUUUGGGCCAUUUGAUAUUUCAGAAUUUAUACUUAAUAACAACUGCAAUAAUAAUGAUAAUUAUAACUAUAUAAACAAAAUCGAAGAAAUCAAUUUAGAAUUCAAAUUUAAAUUAUUUUUUGAACUUUCAUUUGCCCACUCAAUAUUAAAUCUUUUUAAAAAUAAUAGUUUUAAAAAGAUAAAUAUAAAAAUUCAAUUUCAAUUUAGAUAUAAAGAAACUUUAUCCAGUAUAGAAUUACAAGAUUUUAACUAUUUAACAUUUUUUCAAGAUCUAUUUAAUAUACUCGGUUCAUCAAGUAGUUUAACGCAAAUAAGCUUUGACCUUCCUUUUAUUUUCGAAAAUCUAUUAUUUAAAGUUAAAAAACAAAAUUUUAUUUCAUCAAACAUGAAUCCAUUUUUGUUUUUUAAAAUUAAAUAA